CAACUCAAAAUAAUGGUCAAAAAGACGCGCAGAAAAAGGCAUAGAGAAAAGAACACAUCUUCCCACUACAACCUCUCCAAACCCCACCAUUUCAAACCAGAAAGUAUAUAGAAUAGUCCCAUACACAGUCUCAUACAGAGAGAGAGAGAGAGAGAGUGAGUUUGUAGUACUGUUUUAGAUUCUGAUGGCUGGGUACAGAGCUGAAGAUGACUACGACUACCUCUUCAAGGUGGUUCUGAUCGGAGAUUCAGGCGUUGGCAAGUCCAAUUUGCUUUCAAGAUUCACUAGGAACGAGUUCAGUCUCGAGUCCAAGUCCACAAUUGGUGUUGAGUUUGCUACUAGAAGCUUGAAUGUUGAUGGGAAGGUCAUCAAAGCUCAGAUUUGGGACACUGCUGGCCAAGAAAGGUACCGUGCCAUCACCAGUGCCUACUAUCGAGGUGCUGUGGGUGCACUGCUUGUGUAUGAUGUUACUCGCCACUCUACAUUUGAAAAUGUUGAAAGGUGGCUUAGGGAGCUGAGGGAUCACACUGAUCCCAACAUCGUCGUCAUGCUCAUCGGCAACAAAUCGGAUCUCCGACACCUCGUGGCAGUUUCGACUGAGGAUGGGAAGUCAUUUGCCGAGAGGGAGUCUCUCUUCUUCAUGGAAACCUCUGCUUUAGAAGCUACUAACGUGGAAAAUGCGUUUUCUGAAGUUCUGACUCAGAUCUACCGCAUUGUCAGCAAAAAGGCUAUGGAAUCUGCAGAUGAUGGAGCUGCUUCUGCUGUCCCUUCCAAAGGGGAGAGAAUCGAGGUUGGUAAAGAUGUGUCGGCAAUGAAGAGAGUCGGGUGUUGUUCAAGCUAGGGUUUUGAAUUGGAUUUGAUUGGUUUCAAUUCGAAUGUGGCUGUGGUUUGUCGUGCUGCAUCUUUUUUUUGGGUAAAAAAUCGUGCUGCAUCUAUCAUGUAGACUGUGAAUCUUAUGUAAAAUUCUCUCUCAAAGACGCUUACAAUAGGAGAAAAUGUGGGAUUAGUUAUUUUUUGCAAUGUUUUUUUGACCAUGAUUUAUUAUCGUACGUUUAUGCGGGGAAAGAAACUUGCUUAAGGAUGUGAUUUAACGUCUAUUGAUAUCAUUUGGAGGGUAGCUGAAGGGGAUAAUUUAGUAAAAUUAGUUUGAUUA